AUGGAUCGAAUAUCAGUGCCAUCAAAUUGCUCGCUCGAUGCAGACAAUGUUUUUGGGCCCGUAGUGCCCUUGGGUUGUCGCAAUGGCUUCGACUUCACGCUUCUCUUCGAACAGAGCAUCCUCGGGGUUCUUCCUGCGGCGGUCUUCUUGCUGGCCUCUCCGCUACGAGUUGGCUACCUCAUCAAGAAAGAUGCACGAACCCAGCGCAAUUCUCCACGGUUUGUCAAGCUAGCCGUGACCCUGACUUUUGCUCUAAUCCAACUCGCGCUUCUUGUGUGCUGGACCCGUCAUGAUUUACCUCGCACCAAAGCCUCGGUGCCGUCAGCCUCGAUCAAUUUCAUUGUCGCAAUGGAGCUUCUCGUGUUAAGCUGGUUAGAAGAUGGCCGAUCGGCCACACCUUCUUCACUUCUCACUGCCUACCUCCUCCUUACCUUGCUAUUCGACAUACUCCAGGCCCGCACUCUAUGGCUACGUCUCCCAGAGACCAUGCUCCUUUCUGUGCUCUUCACGAUCAGCGUAGGGUCUAAGAUGGUAAUGCUCCUGCUCGAGAGUCUUGAGAAGCGACAGUACCUGACAGACACCUAUCGAGAUCUACCCCCUGAAUCUACCAGUGGAAUCAUCAACCGGUCGUUCAUGUGGUGGCUGAAUCACAUGUUUACUGUUGGAUCACGACGUCUAUUAACGAUCGAUGAUAUGUAUAGUCUCGACCAGGCGCUGAAUUCGGCAACUGUCAGCGAAAGGGCCCAGCGUGUUUGGGCCCAGCGCAGGAUCCCAGCACGGCGUUUUGAAUUCCCGUGGAAAUUAUGUCAAGCGCUGUGGAAGCCUCUGCUGAUGGCAGUAUUUCCACGGAUGUGUCUAAUCGGCUUCACCUUUGCGCAGCCUUUCCUGAUCGCCGCGCUUCUUGAUUGGCUUGGCAGUGGACAAAGCACCGAACGAGGCCACGGUCACAUUGCCGCCACACUCCUGGUGUAUCUAGGCCUAGCGAUCUCUACCCUUCACUCCAAUCACCUUCUGUAUCGCUUUAUUACCAUGUUCCGAGGAGCAGCCUCCUCGCUGGUGUACGAGCAUAUGCUGUAUAUUCCGGAUGGAAAGCUAGAGGACCGGUCAGCCGCGAUCACUCGAAUGACCACCGAUAUUGAUCGGAUAUCUGCGUGCCUUGUCCAGCUGCAUGAAUGCUGGGCACGCAUCAUCGAGGUAGCCAUUGGAAUUUCCCUACUCACGCUCCGCCUAGGGUGGGUAAGUGCGAUUCCUGUUAUAAUCGUCAUAUUCUCUAGCCUUGCCUGCACCUACAUAUCGAAGAAUAUCGGGAACCGCCAAAAGAUCUGGGUGGAUGCGGUGCAACAGCGCCUUGCAAUCAUCACUUCAAUGCUUACCGACAUCCAAGUCGUGAAGCGAAUGGGGUUAAGCAGGGCUUUUACUGACACCAUCCAGAAGAAACGGGUCAGCGAGACGCAGCAGAUGUCCUCCUUUCGAUGGCAUAUUGUGUGGCAGAACAUGAUCCAGAAUCUACCUUGGGCAUUGGCUCCUGCGCUGACAUUUACAGUUUUUGCUGUGCAAGGCCACUCGCUCGAUUUCAGCAAGAUAUUCACCAGUCUGUCUAUAGUCACACUUCUGACUAACCCGGCCGCAAAGCUUCUGAGCGCCAUCCCCUCAACGGCAGCCUCCUUGGGUUGUUUCGAUAGGAUUCAAAGCUUUCUUCUGAUACCUGCCGAAAACAACCUGUUGCAAGACAGUCAAGAAAUUAUGAUGGCCAAUAAUGCUUGUACUGAAUCAAUGCCUGAGGCUGCAGAACAGACCCCAUCGCUCAUUGUCAAUCCUACCACCACAGACUCUCUAGUUGUGGCUUUUGAAAAUGCUAGCAUCCGCCCGGACCCUGAGGGCAGAGUUUUGCUGAACCAAAUCAACCUUCAGGUACCUCGGGGUGCGAUUCUCACUAUCCGCGGACCGGUGGGAUCAGGGAAAUCUACUCUUCUCCGAGCUAUUCUCGGCCAAGUUAGAACGUGGUUGCCAACUACCACCAUACGAAACGCAAUAUGUGCGAUAGUCACAACAGAGAAGGAAAGCUCGCGGAGUAUCGAUCACGAAUGGUACGGUACCGUGCUUCGGGCCUGUGCUCUCGACGAGGACCUGCACCUUAUCCCAGAAGGAGAUGGCAUGCAGAUCGGCAGUGGCUUGGGUGCGAGAUUAAGUGGCGGACAGAUGGAUCGAGUCGCUCUGGCUCGGGCAGUGUAUGCUCGAAAGGAUCUUGUUAUCUUGGAUGACGUUCUCAGUGCAUUGGACACAAAUACCAAGGGCCUGAUACUUGAACGGUUGUUUGGGGAAAGGGGUGUUUUUCGGAAGCUCAAUUCGACAGUGAUUCUCGUUACGCAUGACACUGCAUCUCUUGCUUAUGCCGAUAAGACCCUAGUAAUUUCUAAUGAUUCACUCGAAGUGGACGACUGUGGUGACAUUAUUUCUCCCGAGCCGCUUGAUCAUGAUACGAUAGACACACCAAGGGGUAGCAAAGAAAACAAUAUCCUCAUGCCUAAAGAGGAUGCAGCGCAAAUCGCCAAGGAUAAUCAGCUCAGUGACUUGAAGCGGUCAACAGGUGACUAUCAAGUGUACAAAUAUUAUCUGCGUUCGAUUGGGUGGUCAAGUUAUCUGCUAUUCCUUCUUUUCGUGAUUCUUAAUGUUUUCUGCAGUACCUUUAGCCAGAUAUGGCUGGAAAGAUGGACUAGCCGAGGGGGAGAACAGAGAGCGCUCUACGUGACAGUCUACAUUAUGCUGGCUUUAUUGGAAGUCAUAUGUAUGGGUGGUUAUGUCUGGGCAAUCUUGAUACUCAUAUCGCCAUCCACCGCACGCAAGCUUCACUAUGUUGUCCUAAAGACUGUCAUGGGAGCGUCUCCUACCACGCUUGCAACCAUGGAUAGUGGCGCACUUCUGAAUCGAUUUAGCCAGGACAUGACUUUGAUUGAGAGUCAACUACCCGUUGGCCUUCUGGUCACGGUUUCAAACCUUUUCACCGCAAUCGCUGCUGCUGCACUCAUUGCAACCGGCUCGACCUGGAUGGCUAUCACUGUGCCGUUCCUCAUUGCGGCAGUGUUUGUGGUGCAGCAUUACUAUCUGAAGACAUCGCGACAGCUUCGACUUCUCGAUCUAGAAAGCAGGAGCCCGCUAUAUUCUCAUUAUAUGGAUACUAUGAAUGGCCUCAGUACAAUCCAGGCCUUCGGCUGGCAGAAGAGGUUCUCUGAGAAGAGCUCUAAGCUUUUAGAUGUGUCUCAGCGGCCGUAUUACUUGCUGUACUGCAUUCAAAGGUGGCUCGCUCUGGUCUUAGACCUGAUUGUUGCUGCCGAAGCGGUUCUCCUUGUGAGUCUGACCGUCAACCUGAGGGCAGCGACUAGCAUUGGACUUUUGGGUGUCUCGCUCAACAACAUUCUCUCUUUCAACCAGAGCCUCUCGUCUCUGAUCACAGGGUGGACGCAGCUCGAGAUCUCCCUUGGUUCUAUUGCCCGCACCAAAGAUUUUGAACGGGAUACUCAGCCCGAAGAAACCCCUAAGAACGACAGCGUUCCUGCUUCCUGGCCCGACCGCGGCGCGAUCGAGUUCAAAGCGGUAACAGCGCAGUACAACCCCACAGCUCCCAUCCUAAAAGACGUGUCUUUCAAAGUGCGACCCGGACAAAAGAUCGGGAUCUGUGGUCGCACCGGCAGCGGCAAAUCCUCCCUCCUCGGCACAAUCCUCGGCAUGCUCGACCUAACGAGCGGCUCGAUCCUAAUCGACGACGUCGAUUUAACCAGCAUCUCGCGCGAGACCGUCCGCGAACGCCUGGUCACCAUCGCCCAAGACCCCCUCAUUCUAGCCGGAUGCACCGUCCGGCUUAACGCCGACCCCACCCCCGGCAACAGCCAUCCCGAUGCAGAGAUCAUCGCCGCCCUGGACCGCGUGGGCCUCUGGCACGGCGUGCUCGCCGAACGCAGCGGGGGCUUGGACGCCGAGCUCGGCGCCGACACGCUCUCCCGCGGCCAGACGCAGUUGCUCGGGAUCGCCCGGGCGAUGCUCCAGCUGCAGCGCGACGGUGCCAGAGUUUUGUUAUUGGAUGAAGCCACGAGUCAUGUGGAUGGGGAGACGGAGGCGCGGGUGCAGGCGCUGUUACGGGAAGAGCCGUUCCGGUCGUGCUCGGUGCUGGCGGUGGCGCAUCGGGUGGAGAGUAUCAGGGAUUAUGACAGGGUUGUUAUGCUGGAGCGGGGGCGGGUGGUUGAUGUCGUUCCAGGAAAUUGAAGAUGCAGGGUGGUGGUGGUGGUGGUGUUUAGGGUAUCCCGCGCACAUUGCCCUACAAACGUAAACAC